CUCCCCACCCCCGGCGCCGAGCGACUGCCUAGGCAGAGCCCCCAGGGGACCGAAACCGGGGCGGGGAGUCCGUCCCUCCGCGGAAGGAGGGAGCCGGUCCGUACCAGGCAGGAGUCGCCGCCCCGCGCCGCGCUCCCCGAGCCAUGGCGCCGGCCCUAUGGCGGGCCUGCAACGGGCUCAUGGCCGCCUUCUUCGCCCUGGCGGCCUACGUGCAGGUAAAUGAUCCAGAUGCAGAGCUGUGGGUGGUGGUGUACACAAUCCCUGCAGUACUGACCCUGCUUGUUGGACUUAACCCUCAAAUCACAGGUAAUGUUAUUUGGAAAAGUAUCUCUGCAAUACACAUACUCUUUUGUAUGGUGUGGGCUGUUGGCUUGGCGUACUACCUCUUGCAUCAUACACAACAGAACAUCUUACAUGAGGAAGAAGGCAGGGAGCUGUGUGGUCUGGUGAUUAUUACAGCAUGGAUUAUCCUGUGCCACAGUUCCUCAAAGAAUCCAGUUGGUGGAAGAAUUCAAUUGGCUAUUGCCAUUGUAAUCACACUUUUCCCAUUUAUUUCAUGGGUCUACAUAUAUAUUAACAAGGAAAUGCGGUCCUCCUGGCCAACUCAUUGCAAGACAGUAAUUUAAAUAAAUUCAAGAACUUUGUUUUUAAAAU